AAUAUCUCUUCGCAGCCUUUAACAACGACCAAAGCCCCUCCCUCCUUUGAGGUAGGAACACCACCAGCAGCGUUCCUCAGGAGGCUGCAAAUCCAAUGCUCCUGUUGAACAUUAUGAACUAGCUUCGCCGCGGCCUCUGGAGCGCUGGGAACUACAUUACCCAGAAGGCACGGGCGGAGAGGCCGCAGUUACGAGGCAACGGCCAAUCAGGAUGAGGGGUUCCCGCGCGUAAGCGUCGGGGCGGGACUUCCGGCGACCCCGUUGUGGCGGUCAUUUUUGCUCCCCUCCGGUUUGUUCGCGCUCCGGAGCGUUGUGUCAGGAUCGAGGUGACGGGACCGAGAAGAUCCGAGAGGAGGGCCUGUCCCCGCAACACAGGGGCAGGUCUGAGGCUCGGCGACGCCGCCCGGGGUAUCCCGCGCCAAGCCCGGAAGAGUGACCGCUGUGCCCACGUUUCGCCUCCUCUCCCGCCGCUCCCGGCCCCGCUCUAUCCACCGAGUCCGAUGGCGGCGGCGGCGCAGAGGGACCCGCCUGAGGGUGGUGUGACCUUUGAGGACAUUGCCCUGUACUUCUCCUGGGAGGAAUGGAAGCUCCUUGAUGAGGCUCAGAGACGCCUGUACCAUGAUGUGAUGCUGGAGAACUUUGCACUUGUAUCUUCACUGGGUUUCUGGAGUGGAGAAGAGAAUGUUGAGGCAUCCUUUGAACAGAGUGUUUCUGUGGUAAUGUCACAGGUCAGGACUUCCAAGGAAACUUCAUCUUCCCAGAAGACUCACCCCUGUGAGAUGUGUGGUCCGGUCUUGAGAGACAUUUUCCAUUUGACUGAGCAGCAGGGAACGCAACACAGCCAGAAAUUAUUCAAGUGUAGGGCAUGUGCAAAAGGAUUUUAUUUCAGUGCAGACACUCAGCAGCACCAGGAGCAACACAUGCAAGAAAAACCAUUCAUAAUCGGUGUGGACAGGGCCUCAUUUGUGAAGAGCAGCAAUUUCCAUGUGUCAGGGGAGCCUUUUACCUGCAAGAAAGUUGCAGAGGACUUCCUAGCCACCUCAGGACAUCUGAAUCAACAGACCAUUCACACUGGGGAAAAGCCAAACACAGUCACCCACUGUAUGGAAACUUUACAAAGCAGAAAAAGUCAUUGCACCAGGGGAGAAUGCAAGAAAGCCUUCAGCCCCAAACACACACUUGUUCAGGCCCAGAAUGUCUACACUGAAAGACAGUGUUUUAUGUGCAGUGAAUGUGGGAAAAUAUUCAAGUAUAAAUCCUCAUUUGUUGUGCACAAGAGAGUUCACACUGGUGACAGGCUUUAUGACUGUGGCGACUGUGGAAAAUCUUUUAAGGGAAGCUCAGCCUUCAUUCAACAUCGAAGAAUUCAUACUGGGGCAAGGCAGUACAAGUGCAGCAAAUGUGGGAAAUUCUUUAGCCAAGAAUUUGUCCUCAUUUAUCCUCAGAGGAGUCACACUGGAGAAAAUUGCCACAUUUGCCAUCAAUGUGCACAAUCUUUUAGCCAUAGCUCCAUCUUUUCUCAACAACAGACAGUUCACACUGGAGAAAUGAGUUAUGGGUGCACUGAAUGUAGGAAGUCCUUUAGACGAAAAUCUGACCUCAUUGAACACUGGAGGGUUCACACAGGAGAAAGGCCUUAUGAGUGCAGUGAAUGUGGGAAAUCCUUUACUUCUAGCUCCGCCCUCCAUUAUCAUCAGAGAGUUCACACUGGAGAAAAGCCUUAUAAAUGUGGGGAAUGUGGGAAGUCUUUUACCUCUAGCUCUGGCCUACGUUAUCAUCAGAGAAUUCACACAGGAGAAAGGCCAUAUGAGUGUACUGAUUGUGGAAAGUCUUUUACCCAAAUAAAUCACCUCAUUAUACACCGAAGGGUUCACACAGGAGAAAGGCCUUAUGAGUGCAGUGAAUGCGGGAAAUCCUUUAGCCACAAAUCUUACCUGUCUCAACACCAGAGAGUUCACACUGGAGAAAGGCCUUAUGAAUGUAGUGAAUGUGGGAAAUCUUUUACCUCUGGUUCCGCCCUCUGUUAUCAUCAGAGAGUGCACACAGGAGAAAAACCUUAUGAGUGCAGUGAAUGUGGGAAAUCCUUUACCAAUGGACCGAUACUCAUUCGACACCGUAGAGUUCACACAGGAGAAAGGCCUUAUGAGUGCAGUGAAUGUGGGAAAUCCUUUACCCAAAGAAAUCAUCUCAACAUACACCAGAGAGUUCACACAGGAGAAAGACCUUAUGAGUGCAGUGAAUGUGGAAAAUCUUUUACCUCUGGUUCCGCCCUUCGUUAUCAUCAGAAAAUUCACAUUGGAGAAAGGCCUUAUGAGUGCAGCGAAUGUGAGAAAUCUUUUACCUCUAGCUCUGCCCUCCGUUGUCAUCAGAGAGUUCACACAGGAGAAAGGCCUUUUGACUGCAGUGAAUGUGGUAAAUCUUUUAGGGACAGUUCCCAAUUGAAUCAACACCAGAGAGUUCACACUGGAGAAAAGCCUUAUGAAUGUAGUGAUUGUGGGAGAUCCUUUAGCCAGAAUUCAUACCUCUCUAAACACCGGAGAGUUCACACUGGAGAAAGGCCUUAUGAGUGCAGUGAAUGUGAGAAAUCUUUUACUUCUGUCUCUGCCCUUGGCUAUCAUCAGAGAGUUCACACUGGAGAAAGGCCUUAUAAGUGCAGUGACUGUGGGAAAUCUUUUACCAAUAGCUCAAUACUGAUUCGCCAUCGGAGAGUUCACACAGGAGAAAGGCCUCAUGCAUGUAGUGACUGUGGGAAGUCCUUUACCCAAAGAAUUCACCUGAUUAUUCACCGGAGAGUUCACACAGGAGAAAGGCCUUAUGAGUGCAAUGAAUGUGGGAAAUCUUUUACCUCUCGUUCCACCCUUCAUUAUCAUCAGAGAGUUCACACAGGAGAAAAGCCUUAUGACUGCAGCGAAUGUGGGAAGUCUUUUAGCCGAAAAUCUAACCUGUCUCAGCACCAGCGAGUUCACUCUGGAGAAAGGCCUUAAAUGUGUAAGAAAUGUAUAAUUUCCUUGUUCAGUGUAAUGACAUUGGACAAAACUGUGAGGCACUAGUUGCCCCAUGCAUCCAAACAUCAGGAGUAGAGAGACUCCUCAUAAUUUUCAGUUAUGUGGGAAGCAUGUGUGACUGUGUUGCACUCUCUAACCUACCCAGGGCUCUUGAUAGAUUUAUGUCACUGCCACUUUCUGUAGCCAGAUCCAUUUCACCCCUAUAACCUGGCACAUCCCCACAGUGUGCAUCAGUCACUACUGCAGUGUGCUCAGGGAAGCCAACUCUGUUCUCUCAUUUGUGGGAGGAAAUUAGGAAUAGCCUGAACCUUUAGGAUGUCCUCAUUCCCUUUCUGACCAGCUUGGGCAUGGGCCUGACCUACUGUUGGCCCAGAGAACAUCAUAUGAGUUCAUCUGGCAGCUUGCAGAGAAGGAUUACCAUUUUUAGGGACACUUUGGUCUCAAGAUACCUGUGAUGAAUUUUUCUAGCUUCCGAGUCACCAGCUAAAGAACUGCCAGCCAUUGCUGGCAGAUCUGCCAGAACAUUGCUUUGGUUUGAACAGUAGCAAAGACCUUACUGUUAAGUUCUCUUUAAUCUUGGACAUUCUAUUUACAAAGUAGGGUAGGUUAUAAACAGAUUUGGGCUCUACAAGCAUGAAGGGGUGAGCAACUUUUAUGGGGGUAUCAAACUUUCUAUGCCUCAGAGGAGACAUUAGAGAGGCAGAAAUUAACUUACUAGUUUUUGCCAAAUUUGCAUUUCUGCCCGUGGCCUCCUAGGAAAGACUGCAGGACUUUCUUGUCCUCAUUUGAGGCCUGGAUGCUAUGAGUUUUAGGAGACUCAGAGGGCACCCUGAGGGAGGGUCAAGUGUGACAACCUCAACUGCUUCUGGGAGCAGCAUGAAUUUUUUCCCUUGUUCACAGGGGACGUCAGCAAUGCUGAGGGAACUCUCUUCCCCAGGUCCUACAAAGAGCCAGGCAGAUUUAAAAAAAAGAGAAAAGGAGAAUCUGUAGUCCACAGAUGUGUCUCUUGUGACCCAGGCCACAUUCCUGUUGACUCUGGUGGAAAGUCAUUGCUCACUCUAUUUGCUGUCUUUGAGGUAAGACCAACCCCGAGAGGGCAUGACAAAGUGGAAUGAAUGUAGGAUUGCCAAACCUAUUUUCCCAAAACAGUUGGACAUAGAGUUUUUUUUUUUUUUAUCUUGAAACAUUUCAAAAGCUAUUUGUUAUCAGAUAGCUCUGACGUAUGUAUGGAACUGAAACCAUCAUUGUAGUCAUGGUAAUGACUGUAUCUGUUACUGUAUAUUUAUCUCAUGACCUUUUGUAAUCUCUCUCUCCUUGCCCCUCACACCCCUUCAAGUAACCAUUGAUUUACUUUCCAUUAUGAUAUAUAACUUUCCAUUUUCUAGAAUUCAUGUGAUGGGAAUCGAAGUAUUUACUCUUUUUCCUGCUUUUAUUUAUGUUGCAUAAAUACUUGGAGAGUCAUCAAUGAUAUAUAAGCAACUCAUACUUUUUUUUCUAAGAAACAUUCUUAUCUUUGAAUAUACCACUAUUUAUCCAUUCGUUUGCUUAUGGACAUUUGGGGUUUUUCUAAUUUUUGACUAUUGGAUAAAAAAGCUGGUACAAACAUUUGUGUAUAAGUUUUUAUGUGGAUAUAUAUUUAUCUUCAGUAACUCAGAGUGCAAAGUUUAAGUCAUAGGGUAGGUGAAUGUUUAACUUAAACAAACUAGCAAAUUGUGAUCUGAACUAAUUAUACCUUUUUCAUUUUUUUUUUUUUUUCUGGCCGUGCUGCACAGCUUGCGGGAUCUUAGUUUCCCAACCAGGCCUCAUCAGUGAAAGUGCAGAGUCCUAACCACUGGACUGCCAGGGAAUUCCCAUUUUUUUCAUUCUUACCAGCAGUGUAUGAGAGCUCCAUUUCUUCCACAUCCUGGUGAAUACUUCGUUUGUUCAAUCGUUCUUUUUUUUUUUUUUAACAAAAGUUGUCACUUUAUUAUAUUGUACAUAUGUGUCUUUCUACAUAAAUGGGAUAAAAGAUAACAUUCCAGGAUA